UUUAAUUCUGAGUACAACAGUCAUGUAGGAAUAGUAUAUAAAGAGAAUUGGUAACCCUGAUUAUACAUUCGCAGUUGACUUGUGAAACAAUUAACAAUUUAAAAUGGCAGCUAAGUUCGUGAUCGUAGCUCUUCUGGUGGCGGCUGCUCAGGGCAGCGCGAUCCACGGCGGCGACUACACCAGCUUCUCGUACGGCGUGUCCGACCCGCACACCGGCGACGUGAAGAGCCAGCACGAGACCCGCGUCGGAGACAGCGUGGUCGGCCAGUACUCGCUGCUCGACUCCGACGGCACAAAGCGCACCGUCGACUACGCCGCUGACGCGCACUCCGGCUUCAACGCCGUCGUCCGCAAAGACCCCGCUCUGCUCGCUCACGCCGCUCCCGUGCUCGCUCACGCCGCUCCCGUGGUGGCGCACGCCGCUCCCCUCGCCUACGCCGCCCCCAUCGCUCACGCCGCUCCCGUCGCUCACGGCUACUCGCACGGCGUGGCCACCUACGGCGCGGUCGCCGCCGCUCCCCUCGCCUACAGCGCCGGAGUGUACGGCGCGCACGCCGCUCCCCUCGCCUACGGCGCCGGACUCUACGGUGCUCACGCCGCUCCCCUCGCUCACGGUGCCAUCGCUUACGGCGCUCACGGCGCUCACUCUCUCUACGGCGCCCACCUCUACUAGAUAAUGUUAAAAUAUGCUAUUUAUUAUAAAACACCAAUGAAUGAAUGCUGUGGUCAAAUAAAGUAGUUCAAUGAACUCAAAUA